GCACCGCCCCCCACAUCGAAGUUCCGCCGACCGCUCACAACUCCAAACAAUUAGAUCCACCAUGAGCGAGAGCCAGGAAUCUCUUCGAUCCCUCUACGAUUCUGGGGAGCGCCUUCGGAAAGAGGUUGAGGAUUCAUACGAUUACAACAGCCCCGGUUACCAGCAAAAAUUGGAGACUGCUGUCCGAACAUACCAGGAAUGCAAGAACCUUGUUGAUCAAAUAUCUCUAUUCAGCACAAAUGAGUCAUUAGAAGAUGUUGCGUCAUCAGAGAUAAGGUAAGAGUUGUGGAAAGUUAUGGAUCGGAAGGCUAACGACGUGAAGAUACAUGCUUAUAGGCUAUCACCUAGCCAAUCUCACCUCCAGACAACAGCCACCGGAUCGUGUUUCUGUAUUGAAACUGUCGAAGUCCCUAUACCUGGGAUUUUUAAACCUAUGUGACGCUUAUGAUCUACUGUCAAAUUCCGAUAGAAGCGUACUACGGCCGGCUGGCCCAGGAGCACCUAAAGCCCCUUCUGCCCCUAGCGACGCAGCAGCAAGGAGGAAUGAAAAAAUUGCGAAAUUCAAGCUGGAGAAAGAAUUGAAAGCUAAAGUGGAUGUCGGUGCUUCUUUCCGGGCAGAUCGAUCGAGAUGUUAACAAAUUUAUAGGCACUUGCACAGAAUCCUCACUUAUUGGAUGAGGAUGAGUUACGGAAACUCCAGGCUGCGUCAAUUUCAUUGGCAAUAAUGAAGAGUAUUCAACAACUUGAGAUGAUAGACCUUGAGCUUGAUAUUCUUAGCAAAGCUCCCAAGCCCGAUGAGAACCCCGUUGCGCACCAAGCCCAAGAUGAACGAACUAGAGACUUGGGCGCAAGGGACGGCUACAGCGAUAAGCUGGAUAACAUUCCGUCGACUAUCAAAGGCGGGCCGCUUCUGUCCCAGAACGGAAAGCCUCUGCGCCCCUUCACACUCUUGGAUAGUCGGGAGCGACUAAAACAGGGUGUCUUUAAAUCAGGACACAAUCUUCCGACUAUGACAAUUGAUGAAUACCUUGAGGAGGAAAGAAAGCGGGGUGGUAUCAUUGAGGGCGGAGGGUAUCAAGUGCCCCACGUCUUUUUUUUUUGCAAUACUUGUAGCUAACGGGAAUGUAGCGAGAAAUCGGGAAUUAAGCCGGAGCCUGAUGAAGAUGAUCAUGAAAGGGCUGAUGGAGAAACUAUGAAAGCAAGGGAAUGGGACGAGUUUAAGGAAGCCAAUCCGAGGUUUGCGGACCCCUUCCUGGAAUGCGUAUAUCUUGAGCCUAAUUAUUCUUUAGGGGAUCCGGAAAUACGAUCAAUAGGGGUUAAGCUUUUGAUGGUCUAA